AUGAAGGACGAAGAGAUUCAGCGGCUGAGAGAAGAGCUGGAGAUCCUGCGCUCCGCCAACGAGAAGAGCAUCGAGAUGAGUGCGAGGGAGAAGCACCAGCUUGAGGAUAUGCUCAUCACCUCAAGACGCAAGGAGCAGGAGCUGCAGUACCAAGUCCAACAAUGUGAAGCUCGAGCAGAUGACCUAGUUGCGUCUGUUCGCUCCAAGCAUGCUCAGAUCUCACAGCUCGAAGAGAGGAUUGUCCAGCUGAGCUGCGAGCUGCAAGAGGAAGCGUCCAAGAGAGAAGCCCUCACGAGGAACGAGCUCCCUGCGAAGGCGGAAGGAGGCGAGGAAGCAUCAAGAUCCGAUCCUAGCGACACAUGGGAGGCGGCACAGAAGGAGGAGACGGAGGCUGAGGUGAAGGAGUUGAAGCUUCGAGUUGAGUCUCUCCAAGCCGAGUGUUCCAACCUUGAAGCCAUCAAGUUCCGGCUGGAGAAAGAGCAUUUUGAGUACAGAGAAAGGACGCACAGAGAUCGAGCGAAAGUCUUCGACGAGAUGAGGUUGGCGUUCAAGGAGCUGAAGGCAAGGCAGCAGCGCAUUGAGCUCUUUAAGAGGCUCAUGAGCCUCCUAGAAAAGGACAUGGAAGAUCUCAUCUCCUCACGCGAUGAGACAGAGGAGGAGAAGGCGAUGCAUGAGCAUCGGGUCAGCAAGACCAACGUGAUCCGCAGCAGGCUCUCUCUGUCGCCGGAUCCCUAUGAGAAGGUGUGCCUGAUGCGAGAGCAAGGGGAGGAGGAGGAGACAGCAGCUGUGGUGGCAGACUUAACGCAAGGAGCCAAGCGACAAGCACCCAAGGGAGUGCUCAAGUCGUCUCGCCCCGGUGUGGAGCGCGUGGAAGGACUGGAACCAUCCACGGGUGGGCAAACCUCGACCAAGCAAGAGGACAGAGCAUGUGAGAAGCGAGUGAUGUUCGCCAUGGAUGAGAGCGCCGUGCUGGAAGAGAUUGCGGAGGAGGGAGAUGCUUGUUCCCCGUUCGAAGCGUCAGAGCUUGACACUGUAUCCUUGUGA